CAACCAUGUUAGCAGCACUACCAGCGUUUCUCGGACAGCGAAUCAGCGUCGCUGUACCGAGUUUUAUACUAGCUAACUACUGCUAGGAGGAGGUAAAGGAUGUACAUGUGCUGCAAGAACAACAACCACUUUGAUUAUGAAGACGGGCGAGCGUAGUUUCCAGAAAUAGAUCAACAAAAGCAACACAAUUGCGGACGAUGGCCGAGCGGGCAGGAUCUGAAGGCCACAGCGGCUCUAGUUCCGAUGAGGAUACUUAGGGCUACUAAAGUGCUUCAUUAUCACGUGUGGUGUAAGUGUAUCCUCGGUGUUCUCGAUGAUCUUCGCUUUUACUUCAAAAAGGGGAAACCAAGGGGGAAUGUUAAGGUCCCUGUUAAGUACUUCGAAAAUGACACCCCAAGGGAACUACAACCCCUCAAGGAAACACUCAACGAACUACUACGUAUACUAUGGAUAAGGAGACUAGCACUUAACGACCACUCUAAAAAACAGAGAGAGCAUCUCCAUCUUCUUCGAGAAGUGCGGCCGCUAGUGUGUGUACGAUGGUUCUGGUGAUUGACACAAUCGAGACUAUCAUCCACACUCUGGCGUACGUCACCAACCUGCUCAUUUACAAGACGGUCAGUUCACUGCCAAAGAAUUCAAAAGUUAUGGUAGAAGAAAAAGUAUUGGACUGGUGCAAGAACCAAAUUCAAGGUCAUUUGAAUUUGAGAUAGAAGUAUAGCGUCUAAUUGGACAAUCGGUUUCUAGGAGAGCCUCAACGUAUGAACCUCCCCUGCUGGUCGUGACUUCAAUUACUACAACCAGUAUAUUUCUAACACUCGCGGUCCAGCAGGACGAACUGGUCCGACAGUCGGACCAGACUAUCUGGAGCCUAUGCGUUUUGGGUAUAAAGCGCCGUUUUUCCACAAUUUCGUUCAAGCUGGAGUAGCAUGUCUGGUCGUGUCAGCGUUUCUGGUAACCUUUCCAGUGAAACCUAGUGCAAAGCGGAAGCCGCCGACGAGUCCGCGGAAUCCGGGUGCAGGUAUAGAUUGCUUAGAGUGCACUUCGUGAUUUAAUGUGAUUUUGGAAUCCUGUGAGUAGGGAUUUGUGACGGUGAUCACAGGAGCGCUGCUUCGUACUGCCUUUUCCGAACAAAUCACCGCUAUAGUUUGAGCAUUGAUGGAAUCUCACACAUGCAGGAGGCUCGGACAGCGACGACAGCAAUUUUGUCCUCUCUGCACCGUUUGCGUCACGGCGACCGCGAUGUCUCGUCUUCGGAGUUCCUUUGCUGGUUCUCACCGUGUUCUGUCUGUUCAAUGUGCUGAAUGGGUUCACUUAUUUUUAAGGCUACCACAAAUCUUCCAUCUUCACUGGCAUGCUGAGGCCUUUUUUGAGAGGGAACAAAAGGUUCGAGGAGGGAGCCCAAGAUGGAUCAUUUUCUGACACUAGCUCCUCUAAUUUCGGAGCUCCUUGAUGUAUCUGCCAGCCUCAGUAGCCGAGGCCCUUCAAAUGACAGGGCCAGCAGUGAACUUGGUGCUUACUGCAGUCUUUCAGCCGAAGAUUCGCUACAACUUGUGGGCAUGGCUUUCGGUCAUUCCGAUCAUUGCUGGUGGGGUUAUGGUAGCAAUAAGACCCGGCCUAUUUGGGGGAGGGGAAGGUACAUAGUUGUGCUAUAAUAAUAUAGUUGCUCUUCUUUUUAGAAGGUACAAUUAGGCUGAACUACCUCAAGGCUGUACUUGACCACGUGGCUUAAGAGGGCACAUGACAUGACAUGCAAAAUUUUUGAACACUAUAGCUCCAUGGUUUGGCUUUUGGUUUUUACCUGAGAAAAGGUAUGCAUGUUGCAAUCAUUAUGCGUUAUUAUGAAAUGAUUGGUUUUUGGAUUUAUGUGUGAACCUCUGACUUCUCGAUUAUACUAAUCCAAACCCCGUCCACCAUAAUCGUCCACCAGAUGAGCCCCAGACGAAGCAUACCAAAGUUGACUACAUCUGGGGUAUUCUAUUUGCGACUGUCGCUUUGCUAACAAGAGCUUUGAGGAUCAUUGCUAUUGACUUAGUGGCUGGUAGACACGAGCAGAGUUUGCAACGGCGUAGCGACGGAAGCUCUCCGAGAGGAGAUAGCUCAAAUGAGGAUGAGAAGAGAGCACUGUUACCUGAUGGGAAAGUUAUGGAUAUUUAGUUCUUACUAGAUAGUUCUUGUCUUCUUCUUCUUGAUAACGAAGAAAUGAUAUCCAAGAUAGAGAAGAAUAUCAAGACUCAACAUCUGAAUUCCUCUCUCUAACUCCUACGACGAGCAGCUCCCUGCCAGAUCGUCUGCCAGUAGAGAGCCCUUCGUCAUGCCAAACGUCGUGACCAUUUUACAAGCCUGCUUGCCUUUGAACUUAUGGCCAAAGUUGAAAAAAAUGAUUGGAACCUUGUGAACUAAUGAUUUAAGACAACCCUCUAAUCCUCUCUCUUCUCUACGUGAUCUUUUCCAUGAUUUUCGAGAGGGAGGAGAAUGGGCCUAUGUCGCAGUGGAGGCCACACUUUUUGAAGCCGGAUAACGCCCACUUAACCGGGUUGAUUGGUUUUUUGCUACUAGAGGGGAUGUGCAACAGCGUGUGGAUUCUAACGGAGUUUCGCAUUGUAGAGAAGAUGGGAUCAUAUACAGCGGCGAUUAUCGGGAAUGUUAAUCGAACUGGUACUUCUGUGAAUUUGAAUUGUCUAGAUUCGGUUGAUUUCGGCGUGUCGUUGUCGAGUCUUCAAAAGAGGUCGUCACCUUUUUGAUCCAACGUCAGGAAUGUGAAUCACACAACGAUAAUCAAUCGUAAUCCUCCUUCUCCUCAGCCGCGACAUUGAUGGCAGUUGCCGUGCUUGGUGAACGGAUGCACUGGUGGCAGUAUACGGGCGUAGGUGUACUGGUAAUAGGCAUCAUCGUUCGAUUUACUGUUGGAGACGCGUACACUGCAGAAGACGAACAGCCAAGAGAUGUGCGACCGAAAACUUAUGAGCUAACGGACCAUAGCCUUGACAAUUCUUAUGGCCUUGUGAAUUUGCACUCCUAAGGACUUGGGUGAGAGAGUACAAAUUUACACUUACUCAUGAGUCGUGCCGCUGUGUAGCAAGAAACAUCAGCAUAACUGUAAAAAAGAGAGUGAUACCUUUGAAGAAGUUUUAUCCACAUUUUUGCCUACCUACUGGUACUCAAUAAAGAAAUAUCCUCCCUUACCUUCACAAACCUGACAUCGACGUCGACCGGCAAAGCAGCAGCAAAACCGGCUAAAGCUGCUACUCAGGAGAAGACGGAUCAGAAGUAAAGUCUGGUGCUGAUCAUAAAGCUGAGGACGACAUGAAAAUGAUUAUAGUAGAACGAGUUCUUGAGAUAAUAGAAGAAGUAGUUCUGUGUGUAGACUAUUAAAUGUCAUGUCAUCCUUUUCCAACGUAGAUCUGCACUCCACAUAAUGUCAUGGCGUCGUAGACCUUAGAGAUUUUUAUUGAACCAUAGAACUAGUAGUGUAGUCAUACAGUCUGUCAGGAUUGCGCUUAGUUACGUUUUUUGUCUUGAUCUGAAAACUGUACAUCCACUACGGAACUAACAUUUAAUAUUACGCUUACCGCUUACAACGCUUAACAAUUACCAUUAAAUUACAACAGAAAAGACAACAGUUACCAUUAGAUUACAACAACAUUUCAAAUGCAAAACUAGAUAGUUCACCAAGAAUGAGCUUGCCAAGUACAAGGUUGUUUACAAUAAUGAAAGUGUGAUGGAAGUGUGUGGGAUGUGAUACAACGACACGCGAAAUUAGCUGGUUUUAACGCAGAGUUGCCAAGCAAGCUGCUAUUUAAGUAUUUGAGAAGGGUGUUGGAGUGCGAGAUUAUAGUGGGUGUUGGAACCUUGAUUUCCACGGAAUUACUAUGAACAAUUCAUCUACAACUAGAAGUAGAACUGGCCUGGCUAGUAUGGGAGUCGGCCUCGAAGUCGGCUGCCAUUUUGUCUCUUAUGCACCCCCAGUAUGUAAUUUGGAUGAUCAUAGUUGAACAUGUUGUUGAACAUGUUGAUUGAUUGAUUGAAAGGGUGGCAGCAUAUAGUCCUAACGCAAAAAAAAAAAAAAACUACGAUGGUCGCGAGUGACCAUAUCAGGGGCACACACAUGACAAGUACUUAGAACUUUACGCUCUACAUUUUAGGUUCCUCACUACUGAUGCCUCCGCGCCUCCAACCAAUUCUUUCAUUCAAGGAGAUUAUUUAUGAAUGGCAUCAUCAACAGGAAACAAUCGUCAAUUAUUGUUUCUAGUAUCAGGAGCAGGAGUCCUACUUCAUCAUGAAUAGACUCUUGCUUUUUUAUGUGUCAGUACCGCGCAGCAGCUGAUAGGCGGUUGUUUGCAUCUUCAAAAAGCGCAAAAGCCUGCACUACCAAACUCACCUCAUUGUGAAAAAGGGAAAAGUGAUUAUUGCAGAACUUCCGUGGAGUUAUUAGCUCACGUAUAACGCCUCGUAAAUUUCUCGAAAUAUAAUGCAUGACUUUUGAGACAACUCACUUCGACUAUGUAUCUUCACGUUGUUGUUUUGAUAGGAUCAAGAGAUGUGUAUCUAAGUUUUGUUGCAUAGUGUACCAGGCACUCUGAUCCGAACGAGGCCCAUGAGCUUGAGCUUGUUCAGCCUUGAUUAAUGUGAUUAUGAUUUGUACACAACACUUUUGUUUGCUUCUUUAUGAUGCAAAUAGAGAUGCUAAAGCUAAAUGUGUGAAGACUGAUAUUGAUUCAAAAAAGAGGCAGUUUGAACGUGGAAGAUUUGAUUAUAUUGAGC